GUCGACUCCAUCGCCACGGAGAUGAUUUCCUUAUGGGCCUCGCAAUGCCACCGGCGUUAGCAGCGGAGGUGAUCGCAGUGGGAGGAGGAGACGUAGCGUGAUUUCCUUUUUGUUUUUGGCUCUGUUCGCGGCUGUCUCGGACUGCACGGUGGUGGAAGAUAGAUAGGAUUUUCGAGUGAUGUCGGACGAUGUGCGGGGCGGCGAGGCGAGGCCGGAGGUGGUGUCGGCGGUGUGCGAGUGUUGCGGGCUGACGGAGGAGUGCACGCCGGCGUACGUCGAGGCGGUCCGGGGCCGGUUCAGCGGGCGGUGGGUGUGCGGCCUCUGCGGCGAGGCCGUGGAGGACGAGAUCGGCCGCGCGGGGCGGCGGAUGUCCACGGAGGAGGCGCUCGUCCGCCACACGAGCUUCUCCGAGAGCUUCCGCGCCGCGCGGCCACCCGUCAACACCGCCGAGCCCAUGAUCGCCGCCUUGCGGCAGCUCUUCCGCCGCAGCCUCGACUCGCCCCGGGCGACGCGGUCAACACCAACCAGCCCUCGCAGGGGGACGGUGAAGGACGACGGCAGCGACUCCACCCGCAGCUCACUCGCGCGGUCGAGCAGCUGCCUCUCUACUGCGGCCCGGUGAAGCCGAGAACAUGACGGUAAACGUCGAGCGAGUGACCACAACACAUGCAUCAAGAUUCGUGGUAAAACCAAAUAAAAGUGGCAAUUGUUUGGGAUUUAGUGUCUCCAUUUAGUUUUCCAACAAUUAAAUUGCUUAACAUGAAACAAGAAAGACAACAAAAAAAAAAUUUAUGAGAUAAUAGAAAUAUUUUUCCCUUAUUUUUUUUUCUCUUCAAAUCUCCUUGUAAAUUCUUACAUCCAAAUCAAAAUGCUCUCUCUGCGUGUAAAGAGGGAGGUCAACCUCCCUUUCAUGAAAUCUAAUAAUUUUGUUGGAUGAAA